AUGGCGGGAGGUAAUGUCGAGAAGGGACAACGUUAUAUCGCAGCUCUAGACCAGGCGCGCGCUCAGGGCAAAUGGGAAGAGGUUCCUGAAUUGAUCCGAAAGGUUACCAAGCACGCUCCGCAAAAGACAUGUGUCAUUCAGACCGCAACUGCCGAAUCGCGAGUGGUUUCAUUCAUUCACCAAAAGAAUACCACGGAAUCGACAGCCACACCGAAUCUACCCGAGUUGAUCCCCGCUUUGUUGACAACAAUCGAGAAUAACGAUGGCACCCCGCAGGAGAUUUUGCAAGCUCAGGUAUGCUUGGGAUGGGUUCAUUGGACAUUGAAUGAGCCCGGACUGGCGGCAGCUCGCCUGCCCAAAGACUUUGCGGCCACCGUAGAUGCUCUGUUGAGUGAAGGUCAGGACUUGUCCGAUUGGACCGAAGUCUGUUUAGUCAAGGGAUGCUAUAUUAAGGGAUCUGCACAGUCUACAGUUGCCAGCAUCGAUGAAACUCUGGAAACCUUUGCAGCCUUGAUUCAAUGGCUCGGCAACGGCAAACUUAUCAACAAUGCCAAUUCCCAAUUCCUCAGCUGGUCCGAGACCCUACUUGGCAAGGGGGCCGUGAUGGCCAGUGAAGAAGCUGGCACGGCCACUCCAUACUCAGAUCCCCGGCAUGUGGAGAUCGCCCUUCGGUUGUUUCGACUAUGGGCUGUGCAUCCCGCAGUCAAGCAAGGACAGGGCUCUCCCAAGGCCGCAUAUGCAGGUGCCCCAGGUCAACCGUCGCGCACGUCAAUCUGGAAAUCAUACUACUUGUUCCUCACAAUCGUCCUCCAGGAUGGUUUGCCCUACCCACCUGCGCAUAACACCCCAGAACGCCCACAGCUUGCCAGUGAAAUCCGUCGCGUUGAGGCCAUUUGUGAGAGUAACCUGCUGCGGGAGGUCAAAUUCCCGACUGCUAGUUCCGACAAUUCCCAGGUUGAAGAAUGGGUGGAGCAGGUGAUCAGCAACUGGGAGGUUCUUUGUGGCCCCGACUGGCAGGACCAGGACCUUGGUGAGGGAGGACAAAAUGCCGUGGGCCGCAAUGUCCUGGACAUUCUGUAUCGUGCGGCAACUAAAACCUAUCACUCGCACUUGAUCCUCAAACGUCUAUUCCAUGUACAUGCUGCACUGGCAGACUUUGACCUCGCUUUCAAGGCUCUUGAUUCUUACAUUGAGAUUGUCACCGCCGCGAAGAAACGGGCUGAAAAGUCAGCCGAGUAUGGAGAGCUGGAAAAGGAUGAGAUUUUGUUGCAAACUCUUUCCGAGGCUGUCACUCUUUUGAGCUGCCUUGGGUCCUUUGAAGAGGCGGAGAAGGCCAAGGACUUGACCGAGCUCAUUAAAGAGUAUAUCGACAAGCAGGCGACAAGUCAAACAGAGGGUCAGAGCAACGGCAAGCUCCUACUUUCACAUGGUCCUAACUGUGCCAAUUCUCCAGAUAUCCCUAUCCCGAUAUUGGCCGCAUCAUACCGAGCAGUCGGAGUUGGUCUCGCCAACUGGGCUAGCUACACCCCAUUGAACGAGGCACGGGACGAAAUCCGUGGGGACGCGAUUGACUAUCUGGAAAAGAGCAUCAACCCUGAGUUCGGACAAGACACAGAUUUCGCCGCUCUGUACACCCUUUCCUUGACUCUAGCGGAAAAUCGUGAUCUCGAUGCCGCAAUCGACUAUGCCAAGUCCGCUCUGACUUCGCACAACUCGACCCCUGUCACUGAGGAUCUCUCAAAACAAAGAGAUCUUGUAUCACUAUGGCAUCUGCUUGCACUUUUGCUGAGUGCAAAACAAGAGUUUGACAUUGCUGAACGCUCGUGCGAGGCAGCAUUUGAACAUUUCCCCUUGGAAAUUUUCUCCAAGGGCCAUCGUGACCGACGUUCUUCAAGACAGUCACAGAAUGGCUUGGGUGCUCCCAAGCGCUCGCUGGUUAGUCGGUUGCAGGGUCGGGAGAAGGAGCGUAUCAUUGAGACCCGCAUCACGCAGCUUGCAUUCACCGAGGUUCUCGAAGGCCCAGAGGCUGCCGUUAACCAGACUGGGCAGCUGCUCAGUCUUUUUGGCAAACUGUUCCAAGAGCUGGAUCUUGACGAUGGAAAUAAGCUGAAGUCGGAUCAUUUGGUACCACCCAAAAGCUCAGCUGGGCAAACAACAAAGAGCUUCCGCAGCAGUAUUUUCCACCGUAACAGAAUGUCUCAGCUGCCAGAUCGUGGUGCAGAGCGAUCUACGAGCUCCCAUUCUGCCACCCCUUCUGUUCCAGCGCUUCCAAAUGGCCACUUUGGCUACGACGCGCCAGAAAUUCAAGUUACCGACGAAGAUCACGAGUCAAACCCCAGGCUUGGAAGAUCGGACUCCAAGAAGCUGAGAGAACGUAGCGGCAGUUCCUUUAGGUCCGAACAACCCCCAGCGCCUCCUCCUCACGAAAAUGAGGUUGGCAUUGCAGUGUCUGGGAAUUCGACCCCCGUGCCACGAGAGCAUUCGCAGUCUCCCCACGUCAGACAACCAAUCACCCCCAACCCGAACUACAAGCUACCAUCUUACCCAGCUGGCCACGAGGAUCGACCCACUCGUCACAACAAGCGUCCCGCUGCUCAAAGAUUCGAUUCUCCUACCAGCGUUACGACCAAUUUUUCUAUCACACAAUCCAAGAAGCACGCCCUUGCUCUCCUAGUCAAGAUUUGGCUGGUUAUCGCCGGUCUCUAUCGCCGAGCAUCGCUUUUCGAUGAUGCCCGCGAAGCCUGUGAAGAAGCCUCGAAACAGACUGCACAAAUGGAAGCCUUGGUUGCCGCCGAAGAGUCUUCUGCUCGUCAUCUCAGCAAGCGUGGCUGGACUGCUGCAAAAAGCUCCGAGGAACUCUGGGCAGAUGUCCACGCAGAAGAGGGUCUUCUGGCUCAAGCCCAGGACAGACCUCACCAGGCCAUGAAGUACUAUGAGGAAGCUCUUCUGCGCUGUCCCGAGCACCCAAUUGCUACCAUUGCCCUUGCAAACCUGCUGUUGGACAUUUGGGACGAGAAGCUUCUACCCGAAUCCACUAAGACGGACGUAGAUCUCAACGUCUCCCGUCUGUCCUUAUUGUCUUCCAGUGCUAAGCUCAAGUCAGUUCGGGCUAUCUCGGCUGAUGAGCUCAAGGCACCUGAGGCGGCAGAGGUUCCACGACCAGUGUCGGUGGCUAAUAAUCCACAUGAAGUUGACCCGAAGCAUCUCCAUCGCCUUGCAGCUCGCGAUCGUGCGUAUGGCCUUCUUUCUAUACUCACUAAGCUUGGCAGCUCCUGGGAUAACUCCGAGGCAUGGUAUGCGCUAUCUCGCGCAUACGAGGCUGGAGAACAGACCGAGAAGCUGAAAGAAGUUUUAUGGUGGUGUAUUGAGCUUGAGGACCGUCGGCCAAUCCGACACUGGUCUAACAUUGGCUCUGGACUUUAUGUGCUUUGA